UGUGCACUAGACUGCAUUACAAACAGACGAUACCAUCGCUUCAACUGCACCCUUUCAGACAAGAGAUUCAAGAGAGCAACACAAGAAGUGGCAUCUCUCAGAAUGGCUUCCAGCCACUGGAAUGAAACCACUACCUCUGUUUAUCAGUACCUUGGUUUUCAAGUACAAAAAAUUUACCCUUUCCAUGAUAACUGGAACACUGCCUGCUUUGUCAUCCUACUUCUAUUUAUAUUUACAGUGGUAUCAUUGGUGGUACUAGCUUUUCUGUAUGAAGUGCUCGACUGCUGCUGCUGUGCAAAAAACAAAACUGUGAAAGACUUGAAAAGUGAACCUAACCCUCUUAGAAGUAUGAUGGACAACAUCAGAAAACGUGAUACUGAAGUGGUCUAGCUCUCCACAACAAGAACAAAACCUUUAAAAGCAGACUUCAGCCUCUUCUGAAAUAAAAAAAAUUUUCUGAGGCCAACUCUUACAACAAAAGUGAUUCUGACUCUGAAAGAUUAAAACAUUUUCAGUGGAA